GUGGAGAGAAGCUGAGGAGGGACGCCACGGCACCGCGGGCACACCGGCGAAGCUACGGCCACGGUGCUUCUUUGCACAGGGACGAUAACGUCAAGAGCACGGGACACUCCUGGGGAGCCCCCGCUAGCUGAAGAAGAGGAGGUGGAAGAAAGGGGAGGGGGCAGUUACUCUGAAACUACCGUCAGGAUUACAGAGAGCCACCGUCACAGCAGCUUUCACCCAGAAGUUGACCUACAAAAGACGUCAUGCUGAUGUCUUGAGCUGAGGGAGACUUCAUCCUCGACCUGUCACUCGUCUCCUGUUUGUUAUUCCACACCUGGUCCACUCUCUAUCAGUCAGCGAGCACCAACAGUAACCACCACCACCUCCACCUUUUCCCCACCCCCUUCCUGCCCAGCCUGCCGUCACCAUGACGUCGGAGCUGGAGAGCAGCCUGACCUCCAUGGAUUGGCUUCCCCAGCUGACCAUGCAGGCGGCCAUCCGCAAGGCGGACGCCCAGAAUGCUCACGGGCCCGGCAUGGGCAAGAAGAGCGCCCUACUGGAUCCUAACACCACGUUGGACCAGGAGGAGGUGCAGCAGCACAAGGACGGCAAGCCGCCGUACAGCUACGCCAGCCUCAUCACGUUUGCCAUCAACAGCUCGCCAAAGAAGAAGAUGACACUGAGCGAGAUCUAUCAGUGGAUCUGUGAUAACUUUCCCUACUACAGGGAGGCGGGCAGUGGCUGGAAGAACUCAAUACGGCACAAUCUGUCAUUGAACAAGUGUUUUCUCAAAGUGCCUCGCUCCAAAGAUGACCCAGGAAAGGGCUCUUACUGGGCCAUCGACACCAACCCAAAGGAGGACGCCUUGCCCACACGGCCAAAGAAGAGGCCGCGGUCUGGAGAGCGGGCUUCUACGCCGUACAGCCUGGAGUCGGAGUCUUUGGGGAUGGAGUGUAUGAUCUCUGGAAGUGCCUCUCCAACACUGGCAAUCAACACUGUGACUAACAAGGUGGCGUUGUACAACACAGACCAGGAAGGGAGCGAUAGUCCAAGAAGCAGCCUUAACAACAGCCUGUCUGAUCAGAGUCUGGCCUCCGUCAAUCUCAACAGUGUGGGCAGUGUGCACAGCUUUACACCGGUGACCAGUCACCCAGAGCCUGUGUCCCAGUCUAUGAGCCUCCAGCAGCCCCCGCAGUCCCAGUACAGCAUGCCAGACAGGGACAAGCAGCUCUUGUUCUCUGAAUUUGAAGAUCUCAGUGCCUCCUUCCGCAGCCUUUACAAGUCUGUUUUUGAGCAGUCCUUCAGCCAACAAGGUCUGAUGGGCAUCCCGUCAGAUUCCUCCCAGCAGACCCACACCUCCUGCUCCUAUCAGCACUCCCCCAGUGGCACCAUUAGCACUCAGAACAGCCUGUCAAACAACCAACCCAACAGCCACCCCAACAGCCACUCCGCCAACAGUGGCCAGGUGCCCCUGUCCCAUCCUGCCCAAGCCCACCCUGGCCACGGCUCGCCCCAUGCACAGCACCUCCCGCAGCACGGGGGCCCCCACAACCAACACAACCAACACAGCCAACACACCCAGCACAGCCAACACAGUCAGCACCCUCAGCACCCCCAGCACGCUGCGCACUCCCAGCACGGGCAGCACCCAUCGCAGCACCCGUCCCACGGCCAGCACCCACAGCAACACACGCCACACCCCUCCCAACACACGCAGCACAGCCAGCACCCUUCUCAACACGGACAGCAGCAUCAGAGCCUCUCCCACCAGCCCCAUCCUACCCAGCAACAGAUGGCCUGCAACACAGGUUUACUGUCUGACUGGUACCCAAAUCUGGAUGCACUGAAAGAAAGCUGUCGUAUUGCUAGCAGCUAUAACUGGGCUGAUGUCGACCUUUCACCUUUCCAAGGAUUGAGGGAGAGUAUGAGACAAGCGGAGUUGAACAAUUGGUCCCUGGAACCCACCCAGAUCGCCGACCUCUGCUCGUCCAUCAACCAGUUUUUUGCCCGCACCGGUGUAAUCCAGCCACAAGGGGCAGUGCAGUCUCCUGUUUGUCAUGGCUCCAUGCACCCCAACAAACCCAGCCAGCACCUCAACACAGGAAAUCUCUACAUGGACACCAGACAGAGCAUGUCCAUGAUGGGUCCUCCAGGAUAUCCCCACAUGCCCCCCAUGAGCAGCACAGGACCCACAAUGACAGGACACCAUGCACAGAUGAACCAGCAGCACAUGAUACCUACCAGAAACUUCCAGAUGCAUCGCAUGCCAGCUGAUGACAUCCAGGAUGACUUUGAUUGGGACUCCAUUGUCUAGCCCCUAGACCUCCUUUUGCAAAACAAGAGGGAGCGAGGAGAGGAGGUGGAAGCCAGAGGAAGCCAGGCUGAGCUGAAAGGCCGUAGGAGGAGGAGGAGGAGGAGGAGGCCACUGUGGGUGGGAUGCAGAAGUACAUUUGACAAGCUUCGGAGAAAGACAGACUUCAGAGUCCUGACAUUUUUACAAAAGCAAAACAUAACUAGAAAAUGUUACUUUGAAGACAAUCAUAUUUAGUCGGACAUGUUAAAGUGAUUGCUUAUGUACUUGUCUAGAGACAAGUAGAACACAUUCACGUCUAAACCACAUGCUCCUCAGCUCCUCAGCCAGCCCUCUCCCCGUCCCUAGCCAGCAGCCUUCCAAAGUCUGAAUCCCCCCCCCCCCCCCCCGACCCCCUGCUCCGUAACUGUUAUGUGAUUUGAGCGACGUGUUCAGCUUGUAAUUCUUCUCGUGUUGACAUUGGCCUCAGCUGCCUCUUGGAUGAGUUUAUCUCUCUUUUAUAAAAAAAAAAAAAAAAAAUUUUUUUUUUGUUUUUAAGAAACACAGGCCGUCUCUGUGAGUAAUGUGAUGGUGCUCGUUGGUCACUUUUGGAAGGAAGUGGGCCCCACUGUGGCUGAAUUGGUGGUAAAGUUAGGUUUACAAUAAUUUUGAACAGGGUGUUAAAUGUUUAAGCAGGCUUGAUAUUAAAACAAACCAAGAGAGAGCGCGUGAGAGAGAGAUCACAGAAAGUAUCGUGAUCUGUUUUCAUAGCCAACCAAUGUGAUCAGGCUCACUGCAACAGACUUGUUAUGGGAGUACAGCAACUUUUUUCUUUCUUAGUUUCUUUGUCUCAAGCACUUCAAGAUGAGUGAAUACGAUGAGUGUGAGAGGAAGGUGAAAGCAGGGAAGUCAAACAUAUUUUGUCUUUUUUAAAUUCAUUCAACCCAAAGUAACCUGAGGUUUCAGGUCUCUGUGUGCAUCGUGUAGGUUAAUAAUUGCUUUACCAAUCAGAAGCUGUUAGAAAUACUAAACAAACUCACAUUUACAGGACAGAUUUAAUGGCAAAGUUCAUCAGCUUUAGGUGAGUAAUCUAUUGAUCAUUAAACAAGCCAACAUUAUUCAGAAGAAAGGAAAUAAGAGACUUUGAUGUACUGAUCAGGCCAGUAUUAUGGGCUUAUAACCAAAAUGUCUGUAUUAGCAUGCAUGUCAGCUAAUAACAAUAAGUCACAGUCCAAAAAUGUCAAAGAUGUAUGUGAAAUAAAUUAGAAACUGUCUUACUGUUAGGCGGUUUUUCAACCAGAAAGCAUUGAUUUUCAAACUGUCAGUAUGUAACAUGAUCACAAAUUAAGAGAAACAUAAAGCUGGUGUAGGCAGUUUUCGGGAAAAGGAAAAAAAAAAAACAAAAAAAGGUAGAGUUUGAAAAUACCCGAGCCCCUCCCACCAGACAAACGUGUGCAUAUGCUCAUGCAUCAUACAGUAACAAGUACGAGUCAUUCAUGUCAAUCAUCCCAAUCCUGAUUUAGAUCCACAGUCAUUAUAUAGCACCAGUUCUGUGAAAAUCACCGUCAGUUUCAACAUAAACAUGAACUUGAAGCUGCAGCCUUGAGCUUCAGCAGAAGGUUAAACUAUCAGUAACAUUUUCUCUCCAUUUCUGAAACAAGGUGGAGGGAGUCAAAUGUUCUCUCAGAUCACUUGAAUUCCAAUAUGCUUAAAGUUUAAAGGAUUUUUGCCUGUCGAUGCAAAAAAAAAAAGACCUGAACCCAGCUUUAUGUGUUAAAAAACAAACAUCGGCCAACAUUUCAUCAUCAGAACUUUUUAAACUGUCAGAUAUGAGCAUUGUUAUUUGCCCAAACAAUCCAGUGUCAGAUGGGCUCUAAAUGUCAAGCAAUUUUGUUUAAAUGCAGAAGUCAAUCAUGUCAAAGUCAGCAGGGUUUUUUUUUUCUUAAUUAACAGUGUGGUCUGAAAUUUGGGAGUUGGAUAAGAUGAUUGCACUGUCUAGUAAAUAUGAAGCUACACUAUAAAUGGGGUGAAACAGCUAGCCUGGCUCUGUCUGCAGCUCAGAGUCAAUGUGCGUGCUCCUUUAAAGAUCACUGAUUAACACGAUUUAUCUCAGUUGUUCAGUCCAUUCAAGAACUGAAGUCUAAAAAUGACAGUUUAGUUUAUUUGUUGGCUGGUUGCAGUGACUUCCUGGAGAUAAAAUGAGUGAAUCAGUGAGCUUUUUAGGUGCUGGUAAGCUGAAUUUGUUACUGUUGGUCAGAGCCAGGCUAGCUGUUUCCCCCUGUUUCCAGUCUUUGUGCUAAGCUAAGCUAAUUGUCAGCUGGAGGUGGCUUCAUAUUUAAUGUUCAGACCAUUUUAGUCUUGAUCUUCCCUUCUAACUCUACACAAGAUUAAGGGUACGAGUGUACUCCCAACAUGCCAAACUGUUCCCUUAAACUGUUUAAUAUUAAGUUGUAUGCAAACUAUGUACUAAUAAUUUAUUCUAGAGAUAUGUAAAGACAUAAAGAGCCUGUUAGCCAUUUUUUGAGAGUGAUGGUUGUGAGCCUCACUGACAUAUAACAUCUCUAGUAGAGAAAUAAAAUGUAUUAAAAUAAAAAACCUAAUACAGGACUGUUAAAGCUUGUUAAAUGACGUCAUACUCUGAUUAAUGAUCAAUAGGAUAUUCAUCAGAUGAUGAUCCCAUUGGAAGAGGGCAAAAAAAAGCAGAGUUUUACUGUACUUCGAUUUGAAUUGUGAAAUAAGGUGCAUCCAAAUUUUUGCUUUUUUCCACCUGUUGUACAUCAAAGUGAGUUAUCGAUGCUACACUCAGUGUUUAUUGUCACUUCUGACAUUUAAAUUACGGAGAUAUGAAUCUUUUUUCUUUUUUUUUAACUGCCCGAUGUUUUGUUGUGAUAGUUCGAUAGCGUCAGAUUUUGCUAUUAUACAAUCAUAACAGAAUGAGAAAUGUGACUCAUACAAUGUGUGUUUGUGAGUGUUGAACAUAUGGUGUGUGCGUGCGUGUGUGUGUUUUGGUUUUAUUGUAAUUUUAGGGCUAUGAUUGAUUGCUGCAAUCAUCUCUAUGCUAUCUAUGAGCACAAAAGCAGAUGCACACAGUGAUUAAAGACUAGAUUUUUGUUUGUUUUUUUCGUGGGAAGGGUUUCUCAAGCACAGAACAGGGAGAUCAGUGGUUCUGGAAACCUGUCCUCUGUGUCCUGUAACAAGUGGCUCCUCAAUCAGACAGGUGCUGAACUUUAGAGACACUAUGUUAAAAAAAAAAACCCUUUGCACACUUUCACCUUCUGUUGAUCUUAACCGUUAAAUAAGAUGCAAAGCACCUCCUCAUAAAAGCUAGCUGCUCAAAAACUCAUUCUUUCAUGGGUGCAUUCACUCGCAGUUAUGAGACAUUGUCCGUAGUUGACAGUGAACAGGAUUAUUUUUCCUCCUGUAAUGCUAAAAUGUGUGUGGUGCUUUGCAUCUAUAACAUUGUGUGUCCUCGUCAAAAGGAAUAGUUCAACCUUUUGGGAAGUGGGUGUAUUUGCUUUCUUGCCAAGAGUUAAAUGAGAAGAUGUCUGAAGAGUAAAUAUGAGGCUACAGUUAGGAGACAGUUAACAGAAAGACUGGAAAUGGGGAAACGGCCAGCAUGUCUAAAUUAAAAGUUGACAAUCUGCCUGCAAGCACCUCUAAAGCUCACUAAUGAAAACAUAUCUCAUGUAUUCAUUUGUACAAAAACCUUAAUGUAAAAAAAAUUCAAGCUAUUUUCAGAUGGCUGGGAAAUUCCUGUUCAAGUUAUGUAAAUUAGGGGAAAAAUCUUUUCCAGGUUAGUUUGGAACUAAGAAAAUGUUUUCAAAAAGUUAUAAAUUUACAUUUUUUAGUCUACUGUUUAAAAUAUGUCUAUAUGAAUAUAUCUAAAAACAUGUCUAAUGUUACAAGGAUUAUGUUCUUGUAUUGCUAAUUCAACAGGGUUCCUGAAAAGUCAUUUCACAAUGAAAUUUUCCAGGCCUUGCAAAGUCAUGGACUUGAUAAAAAUGAUUGAAAGUUUAGUAAAAAACAUGGAAUUUUAUGUAAUGUGACAUUAUUCUGUAGAUUAAUUCCACGUAAUGUAACAAAACCUCCAAUUUAUUUUCUGUAGCUGUUGAUGUAACGUAGCUCUAAAUACGUCGAUGUCUGACAGCGCUUUGUUUACCAUCA